GGGCGCGCGCCGGAGCGGGGAGCGGGGCGUCCGCCGCCAGCAGCCGUUGCGCCGUGUCCCGCCCGAGUCCCGCCGCCGGCCGCGGCACCGCGCGAGCAUGUCCAAGUCGCUGAAGAAGAUCGUGGAGGAGAGCAGGGAGAAGAACCAGCCCGAGGUGGACAUGUGCGACCGCGGCAUCUCCAACAUGCUGGACGUGCCCGGCCUGUUUACCUUGUCUCAUAUCACACAGCUGGUUCUCAGUCACAACAAGCUUACAACUGUGCCAGCAAACAUCGCAGACCUGAGAAACAUAGAAGUGCUCAACUUCUUCAACAACCAGAUUGAGGAGCUGCCUACGCAGAUUAGCAGCCUUCAGAAGCUCAAACACCUAAAUCUUGGCAUGAACAGAUUAAAUACCUUACCUAGAGGAUUUGGCUCUUUACCUGCUCUGGAGGUUCUUGACUUGACUUAUAACAACUUAAAUGAAAAUUCUCUACCUGGAAACUUCUUCUAUCUGACCACCCUGCGUGCACUCUAUCUAAGUGACAACGAUUUUGAAAUCCUGCCGCCAGAUAUUGGGAAGCUCACAAAGUUGCAGAUACUGAGUCUUCGAGACAAUGACCUGAUUUCACUGCCUAAAGAAAUUGGUGAGCUCACUCAGCUUAAGGAACUUCAUAUCCAGGGAAAUCGUCUUACUGUGCUACCCCCGGAACUAGGUAAUUUGGAUUUGACUGGUCAAAAGCAAGUCUUCAAAGCAGAAAACAAUCCUUGGGUUACACCUAUUGCUGACCAGUUCCAGCUGGGAGUAUCUCAUGUUUUUGAAUAUAUUCGUUCAGAAACAUAUAAAUAUCUGUAUGGCAGACACAUGCAGGCAAACCCGGAACCUCCAAAGAAGAACAACGACAAGUCAAAGAAGAUCAGUCGUAAACCUCUGGCUGCCAAGAACAAAUAAGUUACUGGCUUGAGCUUCUGUUUUUAUGUCUUUUAAAUUUUUUUGCAUGUGCCCACAAUAUUCCUACGUAUCUUGUGUUACUCAUAUUAUAAGAAAGCACAGUCUAUAGGUAAAAGCAAUUUACCAUGUGUACUGCUUUAUAAGAUACUGCUUAAGGAAUACAAAAUUACAUAUUCCCCUAAUUAUGAUCACAUAUAUAUAGCCAUUUAAUAUAUCACUGUCAAACACAUUUUAGCUUUUCUAUUUAUAUGUACAUUAAUGCCCUCUGUUCACAUGUAUCACAUGUUCUGUUAAUAUCAGAUUUUUUGCACCUAUAUUAUACUAUAUUAAAUUUCAUAUAAUGUGGCAAAUGAUUUUAAUAAAGGUCUUUAUUUGUAUCAUGUUUUACUUUCUUCAGUAGGACUUCUGAAAAGUGAUUUUCCUGAAUAUAUGUGUCUGGUUUCCUGCCAUAUGUUAAAUUCUUCUGUAGAAAUCUGAUAGAAUUGUCUCUGAUACAAGUUAGUUAAAAUGUGAAAUAUUAUGUUCAAGGAGUGAAAAAUUUUAAUCAGUUUCCAUUUCUUUUUCA